AUGCUUGAGACCCAAAUUGCUCAACUUGCAUCUAAUUCAUCCCCUUCUUCUUCUUCUUCUUCUCACAUCCCAAGUCAAGGAUUCAACCCAAAACCUUUGUAUGCCGUGAUAACUAGGAGUGGGAAGUUUUUGGAAGUCAUUAAGAAUUUGCAUAUUUCCGUCCCUUUUGUUGAUGCUAUGAAGAAAAUGCCCCACUAUUCCAAAUUUUUUAAAGACCUUUUGAGUGGGAGAAGGGAGUGUGAGACGGUGAGUUUGACCGCCAAUUGUAGUGCAAUUCUUUCCAACAAACUUCCUACCAAAUUGAAAGAUACGAGUAACUUUUCCAUCCCUUGUUCUAUCAAUGGCAUUGAAUUUGAUAAAGCAUUGUGUGAUUUAGGAGCAAGUGUGAGUCUCAUGCCCUACUCUGUCUACCAAAAGCUUAGUGUAGGAACCCUCUCCCCCACUAACAUUACUCUCCAACUAGCGGACAAUUCCGUUAAGUUCCCCAUGGGAAAAGUUGAGGACAUUCCCCUUGGGGUAGGAAAGUUCACAUUCCCUGUGGAUUUCUAUGUGCUAGAGAUGGAUGAGGAUGAGAGGAUUCCUAUAAUUUUGGGUAGGCCAUUUCUAGCUACUUCUAGAGCUAUCAUCGAUGUGAAGGAGGGGAAGAUAUCCUUGAAGAUUGACAAUGAUUCUAUUGAGUUUGAUUUGAAUAAUGUCACGCAAUAA